UCUCUCUCUCUCUCUCUCUCUUAAAACUCAAAGUCUUCAGUCUUCCACCUCCCGUCUCGUCCCCGGCACCGGACCUUGACCGGAGAUCACCCCCAUUUCCGUCACUCCUCGCCGCCGCGGCCAUUCUAAUCACACUCUCCGCCGUCUCUAUUCCGCCAAUCUCCGGAUCGAAUAAAGCAACAGUUUUUGUUCGCAUUUCCAUGUCGCGGCUCUGAAUCAGAGAGGUUAGGGUUUGCGAGGGGGCGCGAUGGCUCGGACGAGAUCGUCGUCGUUGUCGACGCGGUUGAGGUACUGUAACCCGGCGUAUUACCUGAAGCGGCCAAAGCGCCUUGCUUUGCUUUUCAUUGCGUUUGUCUGCGCCACUCUGAUGGUCUGGGAUCGUCAGAGCCUCAUCAGAGAGCACGAGGAGGAACUGUUCAAGUUGAAUGAUGAAUUGAAGCAUUUGAGAACUUUGCUUGAAGAUUUGCCGACCGGCAGGGCCAGUGAGAAAGAGGUUGUUCCGGAGGACCCAAUUGAAGCUCAAAGAAGAGAAAAAGUAAAAGACGCUAUGAUUCACGCAUGGAGUUCAUAUGAGAAGUAUGCAUGGGGCCAAGAUGAGCUUCAGCCGCAAACAAAGAAUGGUGUCAAUAGCUUUGGUGGUCUUGGUGCGACACUAGUAGACUCUCUUGACACUCUUUACAUAAUGGGUCUUCAUGAACAGUUUCAGAGAGCCAGAGAGUGGGUGGCAACCUCAUUGGAUUUUAACAAGGACUAUGAGGCUAGUGUAUUUGAGACAACCAUAAGAGUUGUAGGUGGACUUCUCAGUGCGUAUGAUCUCACAGAUGAUAAACUUUUCCUUGAUAAGGCUAGAGAGAUUGCAGAUAGAUUACUGCCUGCAUGGGAUACACCUAGUGGGAUCCCUUACAACAUUAUCAACUUGGCCCAUGGCCGCCCACACAAUCCUUCAUGGACUGGUGGAGAAAGUAUCUUAGCAGAUUCUGGGACGGAGCAGGUGGAGUUCAUUGCUCUUUCUCAGAGGACAGGAGACCCAAAGUAUCAACAAAAGGCUGAGAAGGUUAUAGCGCAGCUUAACAAAACUUUCCCCGAUGAUGGCUUGCUUCCUAUUUAUAUUGAUCCGGACAAAGGAACUGCAGGAUACGCAACCAUUACAUUUGGUGCCAUGGGUGACAGCUUCUAUGAAUAUUUACUCAAAGUUUGGAUACAGGGAAACAAAACUUCAGCUGUGAAGCCUUAUAGAGAUAUGUGGGAGAAAUCAAUGAUAGGACUGUCGAGCCUGAUUAGGAGAACAACACCAUCGUCUUUUGCAUAUAUUUGUGAGAAGAAUGGAAAUACUCUGGCAAAUAAGAUGGACGAACUUGCAUGCUUUGCUCCAGGAAUGCUGGCUUUAGGAUCAUUUGGUUAUGGUCCUGAAGAGUCUAAGAAAUUUUUAUCACUUGCAGAGGAGCUUGCUUGGACAUGCUAUAAUUUUUACCAGUCAACACCAACAAAAUUAGCUGGGGAGAACUAUUUCUUCAAUGCAGGGCAGGACUUGAGUGUGGGUACGUCAUGGAAUAUAUUAAGACCGGAGACCAUUGAAUCACUCUUUUAUCUAUGGCGUUUGACUGGAAACAAGACAUACCAAGAGUGGGGCUGGAAUAUAUUUCAAGCAUUCGAAAAGAACUCCCGUAUAGACUCAGGAUAUGUUGGACUGAAAGAUGUCAACACCGGUGUGAAGGACAAUAUGAUGCAAAGCUUCUUUCUUGCGGAGACUCUAAAAUAUCUCUAUUUGCUAUUUUCACCCACUUCAGUCAUUUCCCUCGAUGAAUGGGUUUUCAACACCGAGGCUCACCCAUUGAAAAUUGUGACAAGGCAUGAUGAUAAAAGUUCUGGAAUUAAAAACCGUGAUAGACCAAAUAUCAAACUGCGUGGAAGGAAGGAAGGUCGACCAUAAGAGUAACAUGAUUCUGUUGCUGGUAACUAUUCUGGUUGAAACCUAGUGUUAUUCUGUGGCACACUAGAAGGGCGAGAGGGUAAUAUAUUAGUCCUACAAACGAUGUCAGUUUUUGUACACUUAUAUGAUACGGCUUCAGACAAAUUUCUCCCGCUGGUCUGGUGGGAGUUGUACUCAUUUGGGUGCCCUUCUCUCAUAUAGAUUGAUGGAUAUGUAACCUAGGAUAUAGUCGUCAUCUCAUAGGAAAAAUAUGUUUCAUCCUACUUUUGACCUGUGUUAAGCGAGUCCUGUGUGCUAUUGUGAUUGUAAUGUCAACUGAAUAAAGCACAUGAAAUAAGG